GAAACUAUAUACAAGCAAAUUUUCAACAAAGAGUGUGUUAUUUAGUCUCUGUUUGUUACUUUUGAUGAGAUUUUCCUAAGUUCCAUAGAAGAAUGAAGCUUACGGUAUCAAUAGCUAUUUCAGCUGUAAUAUUGGUCUUCUGCGAACCAAAACCAAAUAAAGUUGAUCCAUACGGUUUUCUUAUUCAGUUUGGUUAUGCUGAAAAACCACCAACUGGAACCGGUUUGGAUAAAAAUACAUUCGAACGGGGUGUUAAGAAAUUUCAAGCUAUGAUGCAUAUUCCUCAAACUGGAAAAUUGGAUGCAGUUACAAGUAGAAAAAUGAAUUCGAAAAGAUGUGGAAUGGCUGAUUUUGGUGAAGGUAACGUGGAUAAAAGACGAAUAGCUUUUGCAACGAGACAAGAUAGCCCUUGGUCUGGUGGUAAAAAACACUUUACAUGGUUCUUGGAACAGAGCAGUGGACAAUUUUCCUCAGGUGCACAGAGAUCAAUGAUUGACAAAGCGUUCAGGUAUUGGGCGGAUGUGUCUGGUAUUACUGCAAGAGAAUCUUCAGAUCUUAACUCGGCAGAUAUUAAAGUUAGAUUUGCUUCAAGAUUUCACGGUGAUGCCAAUUUUGAUGGACCAGGUGGAGUCUUAGCUCAUGCCUUCUAUCCAGAUGACGGACGUUUACAUAUGGACGACGAAGAAAGUUGGAGGGAUGUUGAGAAAGAGACUGGAACUAUUAUGACACUUGUUCAUGAAUUAGGUCACAAUUUAGGGCUAACCCAUUCAAGCGUUGAAGGAGCCGUUAUGUAUCCUUCUAGAGGAACUCCACCCGAAGGUUUCAACUUUCAAUUGGAUGGCGACGAUAUUUACAGAAUUCAGAGAUUAUACGGAGGACCAAACGGACCAAAUCCCCCCAAACCAACCAAGCCACCUGUUGUUCCAACUCAGCCUAGUGGACGUUUGAAUCCUAAAGAUUGUGAUAGAUAUUCGAGAUUCGAUUCCAUAGUUCAAGUUCCAGUAUACGGGGAAAGCUAUGAAGAUAUUUUCGCUUUUGUUGGCAGAUAUGUUUGGCGUCUAGAUUCUUAUGACGGUGCCUUAGAGCAAAGAUCAACUCUGCAGCGCUAUUUUCCGGGGCUUCCAAGCAAGAAAAUGUUCAGUGCCUUCUAUGAUAGAGAUUUAGGCUACUUAUUUCUAACGAGCUUGAAAACUCUUUUCACGUACGAUGUUUAUAGGAAAAGAUUGAUAGAAAAGAAGAAAUUGAGCUUUACGACCUAUGCUGCAUUUAUGGAUCCCGAAAAAAGAAAUACGGCUAUCUUGAUGAAGACCAGAGGCUCCAGCUCCAUCUAUUUUGAGUUCAAUACAAUUACAAGAAGAGUCGAGGGUAGGAGGAAGUAUUCAAGGAGUAGAUGGUCUUUUAUGAAUAGGACUCCCACUGCUGCUUUGAUAUCUGCUUCAUUUCCUGAUCAUUUGUUCUUAUUCAGUGGUAAAAGUUAUCGCACUGUUGAUUUGAGAACAUAUAACUUCGUUGGCGGAACGAGAAGCAAUUCAAGAGCUUGGCUAAGAUGCUCUAAAGCUAUUGACCGAUAUUAGUACAAUAAAAACACCUUGACUUCUAAUAAUUAGGUCAAGUUUAAUAAGAAUUGAAGCGUAAUAUUAAAUUUAAAAGUUUGAUAAGUUCUAUUAUUUUCCACAAUAAGUAGGAUCUUUAUAGGAAAAUGAAAAAAAAUUAGGGAGACUUCAAGAAUUCCUUUAGCUAAAUCUUUCGAAUUUUUCCAUUCAAAGCUAGCAAUUUUCGGUUGAUAUUAGAUGGGUUACAUCAGCGCAAACUGGAGAACCAGGUAAUGUAUUGCCCGGGGAUGUACCCUGCUCCAAGUUGGAUACCGGUAUUUGUCUUGGCUCCUAGAGAUUCCAAUGAAUCGGGAAAAUGAAAUAAAAAAAAAUUCAGUCAUCUUAUACUUAUACUUUACCGAUGAGAGAGCUGGAAUAACGUGUCUUUCGUCUGGUAAUCGAUUAUAGUAUGGUUGACCGUAUAGAAUAUCUGAAAUUCCCUGUUGUGAAUGAUUUUAGAUGAAUUUCUAAAAUUAUUCAAUCGUUUGAUUGUUAUUGUCCUAACCUGGUGACAGCAACAGACAGCCUUGCAGCAUAUUGCUGCAGAAACUAUACAAGUAAUGCCCUCACCCAGUGCGGACAAUAUCAGAAAGAUAUACAUUAUUAUUACGAUAUUCUAGUGAAAAUAAUCAAAAAAUUCAUUAUUUAGAUAAUAUAUGAAAAUAAAGGAAAUGAAGAUAAAAUAUAUUUACAAAGUUUUUGUUCAAUAAGCAGCGAUGCCAACAAUUCCUAUUGUGAGUAGUACGACAGAGAAGACAGCUGAUAUUAUUGACAUAGCCAUAAAUCCAACAAUCUGGCAAGUUUGUUUCUUUUUUGCGGCAACAAUACCAAGAAUGGCGGCAAUUACGAAUGGGACUCCAGACCAAAAUGCUGCUCCAAUUCUAUGUAGAGCGGGAUACUCGAAACUGUUUGCUGUCAUAGUAAUGAUAAUCGAGUUUGGAAUAAUUGCCGUAAUUGCAAAAACUAGUUGCAAAAUUCCAAGAAUUUUAGAAGCUUUUCCGUUAUACUUUGUAUUUCUUAGGGGAUAACCUUCCAAAUUAGGACUACCAGCUCCCUAUAAAGUUAUAUUAAAAUGUUCUUAUUUCAUAAGAAUUAUCUUUAUCUGAUAGAUUUUGACAUGUUUGGAAGUAUAUUUAUUGAUGUGGCUUUGAUAUAUACAAUAAAAUGAAAAUUGAUAAUCUUUAAUUAAUAUGUAAGAAUAAAGAAAUAAAAAAUAAACUAACUCGAGGUUGCAUUUGGAUAUUUGAACGAAAAUUUUGAAAUUGUGGAUUUUCAUUUGACAUAUUUGUGUCUGCCAUUUUGUCUGUAUUCGUCAAGUCAGUAAACCUGUAAUAAUAUCUGCAAUAGAAAUAGUAUCCGUUUAGAACGUUCUAAAAAAGAAUACAUAGAUAUGGUUCAAGUAUUCUCAUUUAGGCAAUAAUAGUUUGAAAGGAAGAAUCUUUUUGCAGUAUAU